AUGUCAGUUGAUCCGAAAUUUGCAAAUUUGCCAUGGAUAGCAACCGAUGAACCCGACUUCUACGAAUCGUGUGAUUUACCAGAGGCAGAUCAGAAAAAGGAUGAGGCUGAUGUUGAGCAGAUGCUACCCAAAGAGAUCGAACAAAUAAGUCUUUCAGCCAGUGAUGCCCACAAACGUUUCGAAACUUGCAAGGUGGAUUCGAAGAAUGCCGAUUUUUCUGACAACAUCGCAACCGCGGGGAAGGUUGGUUACGCUGUUGAAUCCUCAGAGUAUUUGUCGGUGAGUUUAACUGCACUUAUUCGCAUGAGCUAG